AUGCACACGGAGCAACCAAAAAUGAACAUUUCGGCGGUGACGAUAUCCAUAUUUGGCGUCGUUUCUUCUGUAUUUUCAUGUGCAAUGAAUUUUUAUUUUCUGGUUAAAACUGAGAGAAAAAAGAAAGACAUGGCUCUAUUCUACUUCCGAUUUUCCGUUGAUGUACUACAAGGAUCAAUUGUCUGUGUUUAUUUGCUUUUUGUGAUAGCCUACUCAUUAAUUCCUGAAGAAUUAAGAAAAUAUCACAAUUUGAUAUUUUAUUUGGGAUUUCCGUCGUCAAAUGUGGACGCAACAAGAUCGAUGGUUUCAUUGGCCAUUUCGAUGGAGAGAGUAGCGGCUGCGUACAUUCCAAUUUUCUUUCACAACUACCGCAAACGUUUUCCCGCCGUCAUAAUUUUCAUGAUCGCAGUGAUCUACGGGCUAAAUGAGGAUAUAGUUUUAUAUGUGUUUUGCAAUUUUAAGCUCAACAUCCCAAAAAACUGUGCAGCUUUGGGCUGUGCGAUGAAUACGUGUUUCUUUCACUAUUGGACCCAUCAAAAAUCUGUAACGUUUACCAUCACCUUCGUGUGCUUAUUGCUUCUUUGUGCUAAACUUUUUAUUUUCAAUGAGCUCGGGAGGAACGGGAGGAAGGAAUUGUCAAGGGUGAACCGCCUGGCACUCAUCGACUCAACAAUCGUCUGUGUUUUUGAUUUUGUUCCGAAUUUUAUUGCAAAUCAAUUUGCACAUAAGCAGUUCUUUAGUUUUCAGAAUAUUGGUCCCUAUAUAGUUGUGACAAAACUUGCCGGAUGUGCAAUUGAAGCGUGUUUCGUAUUUUGGACGUUUAACAGGAAAACUUUCAAAAUUAAGGCUCAGCCAAAAAGCAGAUUGCCGUGUCAACUUGGCAAUUUUACCAAUACGGAUAGUUGAGAUGAUAAUUUUUUAUAUUAAUAAAAUUUAUAUUUAUU